AUGGCUUCGACAUCCUAUGAUCAACCGCAGAAUGGCGCUGCCUUAGACCCGGCCCCGGUCGCCAGAACUGAGCUUCCCGUCCGCUCCAAGAGCAACAUGUCCAUCCCCCCGCCGGGCCAAUCCUUGACGGGCAAGCAGGAACACUACCUCAAGCGCGAGCUGAUCUCAGAGCAAGUCAAGUACGAAAUCUCCGAGCUCAACUCUCCCACGGCCCUCAAGCGAUUCGGCGCCCCGUUCAAGUCCGACGUUGGGGAGGUCUCCCCUCUGGACUCAGAGCUUCCCAUUCUUCGCUACAUCUUUGUCCAUCAUGUCCGCGAUUUCCCCUUCCUCGACAAGGCCAGAGAGAAGGAGUUCUGGCAGGACAAGCUCCAGGUGUUCCUAGAAUCAUUUGCGACCAAGAACAUUUCGUCCUCCGAAGACAGACUUGAAGAAACGAAGCGGCGCAAGCUGGCCAUAAAAUGCCAGAAGCUUGUUGAGCUGAUGAUGGUGUCUGGAUGUAAGACCUCCUCCGGCUUUGAGGAGAGGAUACGCUUUUCCGAGAUCGAGGUCGUCGACAGCAAUGCCAUCGACACGGGCGUCAUGCAUGCUAUGCCUGAGGGCAACUAUAUCAACGGCUGGGACGUCAACGUAGCCGCCGUCAGAAUCAUGUCGGAGAGGAAGACAAUUAGGUCGCACAAGCACGCUGAGUUCAUCAUGCGCAUCCAUCGCAAGGGCGAACUCGAGUUCUUCAUCGGCAGACGGUAUGGCGAUUUUGCCAGGCUGUAUAAAAGACUACGCCUCGAAUUGCCAGGCAAGGUUCUUCCCGCAUUACCUAAGAAGAACAAGUCGGACACAACGACUUCGGGGCUGUUUUCCUCUUUGACCGGCGGUGGCUCUCCUGAUUCUUCUGCAUCAUCAGUAUCAUCAGUCUCGACUAUGAUGACUGGCCUCACUCCUCACGAGAAGGAACCCUCCAAGUUGUCGGUGCUAGUACAGUUUCUGACAAAACCAGGACACAAACGCGCGGGUUCUACAACGUCCGGUCGCAACUCGCCUCGCGUAUCCACCGACGGCAGACCCAAGAGCCCUUUGCCCUUCCUCGGGAAAAAGAACGACCAGGUGACGUUGUGGCGUGAGAGCCAGCGCGUCUCUCUCCGGGCUUUCAUCCGCACCCUCCUUUCGAACCCCCAGAUUGCGCAAACAAAGGCCAUGGAGGAGUUCCUCACGAAAGACCAGAUCACGCCGACCGAUGCCGAUAUCGACGACAUCGAGCGGAGAAAGGCAGUUGAUGCGAUGCGUGUGGAGGAACAGAAGAGAUUUUACGAGAUCGCAAGGAAGCGCGCGGCCGAGCUCGACAUUUACAUGGAAGAAUUCCGCCAAGAGAUUGUGGAGCGCAACGGCCUCACUUCGUUGUUCAAGGAGAUCAAGGACAAGGAGACCAUCCCGGAUCUCAGCAUCCAGUACCGAAAGUUCGCAGAGUGGCUUCGUAUUGAGGUUGCUGCCACGAUAUACCACCUGUUCCUUGCUGAGGAUAACUCCCCCGAGCUCUUCGCCCAGGCGAAGAGGAUUCACUCGCUCAUCCCGUAUACGGUCCUCAAGAACGUCAUCAGAAUUGCGAACCCAGCUGCUGUUAUGUCAGGCGUUUUGGACAUAUUCCUGGCACAACCUUUUGGUACUCGUUCGCUGCUACAGCGCAUCUUCUCGCUUACGCUCAACGAUGGUAUCAAGAGCUUCCAAAAGUCUAUCGACACUCUUGCUGCUAAAAUCGGCGACGAGGCUUUUACGAAGAAGCUGAAGCUGUAUACCGAGGCGGAGGAGCACAUCAAGCUUGCUAUUCGGGAGGAGGCCGCUUCUGAGGAUAUCGAUCUGAUUGUUGUCAUCCUGCGCUCCGACUUCCUUGAGCCUGGUCUGACUUCGGAACAAAUUGGCCGACUCUACAACGCCUACGUGGCUUUCAACAACGCUGUCGAGAACAUUGACGAGGAGCUGAAGCAGGGUGCCCAGCUUUUCUCUUACCUCAAGCAAUUCUUGAAGCUUUGCACUAGGCAACACGACAAAGCCAUGAUGCUGCAACUUGUAGAGGAGCCGGUCACGCUUCAGCUGUUCCGCGAUCUAUUCACCAUCUUCUACGAGCCUCUUGUUCGGGUCUACAAGUCAGCUAAUGUUUACAGCAGCGUUACUGACUUUGCUGUGUUUAUCGACGACAUGAUUCAGGUCGUGGAGAAGUGCCAAGAGCAGGACGCAUCAGCAGACCCGAACCAGACCGUGCAAGCGUUCAUUGAUCUCUGCCAGAGACACGAGCACAACUUUUACAAGUUUGUUCACGAGGUCCACACGCAUGACAAUGGACUCUUCGAUCAGUUGAUGGGUUGGAUUGAAGACAUACUGGAGUUCCUUAGGAAGGGCCCCAAGAACGGCACCUUGAACGUGAAUGCUCUAUUUGAGGGAGGCGUCAGCUCUGGUGCCGUCGACAAGGACAAGGUCAUCGAGGAGGUCAACCAGCUCAUCGCAUGGCAGGAAGCCAGGAAGAAGUGGCACCACGACAAGACGCGGCAGAAGAUGGCUGCCGAAGGAAACGGCGGGCCGGACCUUGUUCCUACGGGCUUCUCAUCGUCAGACUUCGGCCUCGACCAGAUGGAUUUGGAAGACAUGGCGUAUGAGGAAGAUGACGAAGACGAAGACGAAGCAGAAGAGGAGGACGAGCUCGACCCUAUUGAGGCCGAGCGCCGUCGUCGUGCCAAGAGACGCGAUAGGCUUCGCCGGAGCGCCGGCGAACCGACCAAGCCUCCCGUCUCCGAGGUUCACAAACUCAAGGAAAACUUCCUUGCCAUGUUGCGCGAGGUUCUUGCCCAGUAA